AUGGUCGCCGCCGGUUCCUCCGCAACCCUCCAGGCUCCAGUCUCCCUCAAUGACAAGGCGGCGACCAUGGGCGGCGGUGUCGACGGCGACCGGGCGGCGGGGGACUGCGGGUGUGCGCGAUCUGCCUCGAACAGAUCCCGCUCCAAGAGACGACACUUGUCAAGGGCUGCGACCACGCCUACUGCAACCGCCGCCGUCCUCCCGACGCUCCGCCAGAACCUCUGCCGCAACCGCCGCCACCUCCCGCGCGCGCCCCGCCUCGCCCAGCUCCACUGGAACUGCCCCGCGCACCUUGCCCAGCUCGCCGCGCCGUGCCGCUACGACCUCGUUGUCGCCGCCGACGUUGUCUACGUCCAGGAGUCAGUGCCCCACCUCGUCGCCGCCAUGGACGCACUCGCCGAUGCCGAGCGCUGCGUCGUGCUCCUCGGGUACCAGAUCCGGUCCCCCGAGGCGCACCAGGCCUUUUGGGACGCAGUGUCUGCCGCCUUCCCGGUGAUCGAGAAGGUGCCGCGGGAGCACCUCGACCCGGAGUACGCCUUGGAGGAAUCCGACGUGUUCGUGCUCCGUAGGAGGCCGCGGGAGUGA